UUACCCUUAGUACUCGUCGUGUGCUCUCCCGCGUAUGAGCAUCGAUGGUUCCUCAUUAAAUUUUUCUAAUCCGCUGAAAAGUCCUAUUGUACGUCUAGCAGAUGUUAAUUAAGAGAUCUCGAUAUGAGUGAACAAAGGAGAAGAAUCAGACAUAGUCCUCGCCCCGAGAGGCCAUCGGAUAGACGAACUCGAGACAGAUUACCAGACGGAUUUGGAAUGGUUGCUCGUGCUACAAAACCCCCAAUGACGUUGCUCGAUGAAAACGUAAAUCGUGUACCGGAGAGUAGACAGCACCGUAAAGUCGAUCAUCGUGGAUUCAAAGAGAGAAUCGAAAGAUUGUCUUCGAUGGAUGUGGCCACUGAGGAGGCUGAGAAGUCUGUGGCCGCAGGAAGACCUAUUCAAGUUGUCCUAGCUCAUCCAGAUCAUACUUUUGAACUAGACGAGGAAGCACUCUCGGAAAUUCUUCUCCAGGAUGAUAUCAAAGAUCGCAGCGUCGUUGUGGUCUCGGUAGCUGGUGCAUUCAGGAAAGGCAAGAGCUUUCUCCUUGAUUUUUUCUUACGUUAUAUGAACAGUAAAUACCUCCACAAGAUCGAUGACGAUUCCUGGUUGGGCAAUGACGAUGAGCCCCUGAGUGGCUUUUCGUGGCGUGGAGGUUCUGAGCGAGACACAACUGGCAUCCUGAUGUGGUCCAAAGUAUUUCCAGGGACUCUCCUGAAUGGUGAAAAAAUCGCUGUGAUUCUGAUGGAUACACAGGGUGCAUUUGACAGUCAAUCAACAGUCAGAGACUGUGCAACGGUGUUUGCUCUUAGCACAAUGCUAUCGUCCGUACAAAUAUUCAAUCUCUCUCAGAACAUCCAGGAGGACGAUCUCCAGCAUCUGCAGCUGUUCACAGAGUACGGGAGAUUGGCACUGGAGAAAUCGGGUAGCACACCCUUCCAGAGGCUGCAGUUUUUGGUGAGGGACUGGAGUUAUCCUUACGAAGCGAAAUAUGGCGCCGAGGGAGGGCAGAAAAUCUUACAGAGACGCCUGGAGAUCUCUGAUCGCCAGCAUCCAGAGCUCCAGAGUCUCAGGAAACACAUAAAAUCAUGUUUCUCUGAUAUUUCUUGCUUCCUGAUGCCACACCCUGGCCUCAAAAUUGCAACAAAUCCAAAAUUCGAUGGCAGACUCGCCGAAAUCGAAACCGAUUUCAAACAGCAAUUGAGAAAUCUCAUCCCCACACUGCUGGCACCAGAAAAUUUGGUCACAAAGAAAAUCAAUGGACAGACGGUGAGGGCUAGAGAUCUUCUGGAGUACUUCAAGAGUUAUAUCAGAAUUUAUAAAGGGGACGAGUUGCCAGAGCCGAAGAGCAUGCUUGUCGCUACUGCCGAGGCCAAUAAUCUCUCAGCUGUUGCUGAUGCUAAGGAUCUGUAUUUACAAAUGAUGGAAUGCGUUUGUGGUGGUACAAAACCAUUUUUGGCAACUGCACACUUGGAGUCUGAGCAUCAGAGAUGCGUCGAUAAGGCACUACAUCAGUUUGUUAAUAAAAGGAAAAUGGGAGGAGAUGAGUUCAGCCAGACGUAUAUGGAAAAGCUCAUGAAGGAUAUGGAUGAGUCUUUUUUGCAAUUCAAAGCUCACAACGAGAGCAAAAAUAUAUUCAAGGCUGCACGGACACCGGCAGUGUUCUUCGCUAUUGCUGUUACGAUGUAUGUGUUCUCAGGUGUAUUUGGAUUAGUUGGACUUUACACCCUUGCUAAUAUUUGUAAUCUCAUCAUGGGGAUCGGACUUCUCACGCUCGUUCUGUGGGCUUAUAUAAGGUAUAGCGGAGAAUUGAGGGAGAUCGGUACCCAGAUUGAUGAUUUAGCAAGUGCUAUAUGGGAAAAUUUCAUGAAACCUGUUUAUCAGCAGUUUGUAGAAAAAUCUGUAUCUGUAGCUGUUGCCCAGGCGGCGGAAAUGGCGACAAAUACAACAAUGAAUGCAACUGCAUUAAAUGGAAAAACGAAAGUAUCGUAAAUCGAAAAAAGAGAAAUCUCCAUCCCUCAUUACAUUCAACUUUCAAUAUAUUUUUUUUUUUCAAAUUCAUCAAAUUCUGAUUCAUACAUUUUUGCAUUAUCUAUGGGACACUGAAUGGCAUUUUCAUGUCACUCGCGGAAGGAAAAAUGUAAGAAAAUUGUUGCAAUGUUUUUUAUAUAAAAAUCGAGUGGUAAAAUAUGAACAAUGUAACUAAACUUCUUAUUGGAGGUAAUAUUGCGAAUGUACAGUAUUUCCUGAUUACGAAUCAGUGCGUUAGAUUUGUUGAACAAAAAUUGAUGGAAAACAUCAGAAGAUGACAAUUAAUAUUUAUCUCAUUAACUAAGAUUGUUAUAGGAAUGAAAUUCUCUCAGAAUAAUUGAAAAUUUAUUGAGAUGAAAUUGGCGUGAAUUCUAGAAAUUCUAAAGAGGAACAAAAUUAUUCGAUAUCCAUUACGAAAUGUUUUCCUGAUCCAGAAUUUUCAUAAAAACUUAGAAAAAGUGUUUUAUCGCGUUACUGUGUACAUAGGUAACUUUAAUGAUUAUGUUAACAAUGUGCCAGAUUUACAUUCAGGAAUUUUAAAGUUGUUCCUCCUUGAAAGUCCCGACAAUUUAUUGGAACAUUUUUUCACAGACAUGCCAUGUUUAUAUUUUGUUGCACGAUAAAGUUUAAUAUAAUGUGAGAUUUCAUUUGUUCAUUUUGAUAGGAGAACCACUGGGCUCUUUCGGAUAUUUAAAUGAGUUGAAAAAUUAUAUUGUUUAUUUCUCUCUAUUAUUCUGGUGAGAAAUCUAUCUUGCCAAUUAUUUAAGGAGUUUUUCGUCCGUUGGAUUAUAGAAACGACGAUUUUUUUAACUAGCGAAGUGGAGAGAACAAAAGGGGCAUAAACUCCCUUCUCCCGUCGAUUUUAGGACAUAAUACUGAAAGCAGAAAUAACCAUUAAUUUUUUUUUUUAUUUAUCCAGCAUCAAUACAAGGUGCCAUUCAACUGUUGGUUAUCUGGUUGUUUUUUUUUUUCGUUUAGAAUAUUUAUUUUCUAUUGAUUGGAGGAAUCGUUAAUGACAUAUUAAUCUCGCACUUCGUCCCUUCACGUUGAAAAAAUCAAAAAGCUCUCGCAUGAUUGGUUUAAGUUCAUUUGGAAUUCAUGUUCUAAUUCGUUGAUGUGUCGACGAUUUGCGUCUUAGAAGAAACAGCUGAUACAGUGUAUAAUGUGAUCUUAAAUAUAUGAUUUAUUAUGGUUUU